CCCAACUUCAUUGAUUGAAGCCUGUCUCUCUUUCGCUCACCUGCGCUGGUCGCUUUCAUUCUUUAAUAUUCAAUUCAUUAUGUCUCGCAGCCUUCUUGCUUUCGCUUCCUUUGUUGCCUCCGUGGCAGCCCACGGCCACGUUACAGGCGUCGUGGUCAACGGUGUGCUCUACCCAGGCUGGGACAUCGGCAGCUUCCCCUACAUGGAGGACCCCCCGGUCGUGGCAGCCUGGGGAACACCAAACACUGGCAAUGGCCCUGUCGACUUGACCACUCAGGGAUACUCCAACACCGAUAUCAUCUGCAGUCUCAACGCCACCAACGCCAAGGGUUCUAUCCCCGUUGCUGCCGGCGACAAGCUCAACCUGCAGUGGACCGAAUGGCCUGAUACCCAUCAUGGUCCAGUGGUCGAUUACCUCGCCUCAUGCGGUGACUCCUGCGAAACAAUUGACAAGACCGCCCUCGAGUUCUUCAGGAUCGACGGCGUCGGCCUCGUCGAUGGCGCCGAAGUCCCCGGAACAUGGGGCGACGACCAGCUCAUCAAGAACAACAACAGCUGGAUGGUCCAGAUCCCCGAGUCCAUUGCCCCAGGGAACUACGUUCUGCGCCACGAACUCAUUGCGCUGCACGGUGCCGGCACUGAGGGCGGCGCCCAGAACUACCCCCAGUGCUUCAGCUUGCAGGUCACCGGUUCUGGCACUGACAAGCCUGCUGGUGUUGUGGGUACGAAGUUAUACACUGAAGAUGAUGCCGGUAUCCUGGUGAACAUCUACAGCAGCCUGUCGAGCUACAAGAUCCCUGGACCGACUUUGUACAGCGGUGCCUCGUCGAUCACCCAAGCCACUUCUACUGUUACUUCCACUGGCUCUGCCGUCGCAGCAGGUGGUGGUGGUGGUUCUGCUUCAGCCACUGGAUCUGCUUCACCAACUACCACAGCAGCAGCUACAACAACCCCUGCUGCAAGCGCUAAGGCAGCCAAGGCAGCGAGCUCCAGCCCCAGCACCAGCGCAUCUGCACCCGGAAGCAGCACCACGCUUAUCCCUGCCCCGUCCACUACAAGUGUUGCUGCACCUACAUCCACCCCUCCCUCUCCUUCAUCCAGUGGUUCGGCCGGGGGUUCUGCAGGCGUAUACGCGCAGUGCGGUGGUUCCAACUGGACGGGCACCACGAGCUGUCCUUCGGGCACGACGUGCAAGAAGUUUAACCCUUACUACUCGCAGUGCGUCCCUGCUUAGAUAGGAGAUACAGUGUGGUACAUGGAGAGAGACUGGAGCUGUGUAUUAGUUGAUUUCUACUAUAUUAAGUAUAUCACGUGCUUGGAAUGUGUUGUCAGAUAGCGUAUUCAGAUGGAAAAAUUAGACUCGUCAUGUUCCAUGGGACCUUAAUGACGAGAGAACCAAUCUGUGUCUAGUGGGGGUAGAUACAACGGCGAAGAGAAAUGGCGCCAUCAGCACCGGAAGUAUAUAUAUAUAAUAUAUAUUGAGGUUAGAUCUAACCAAGAGACAGACCAGCUGCCGCAACAAAGCCCAAGAAUUCAAGCUGGC